GUGACAGACACUUGAACUUCCAGGGGCACCGACUCCAGUGUACGAUGGCCCGGGGUGUUUUAUGCCGGGCUUGAAUGAAGAAACAGCGGAGUUCGAUUGGCUAUACUGUCUCUGUUGUAGUUCUACCAGUCCGACCUGAAGCUGGCCUUUGUCGUAAGGGGCAAUCACAAGCAUGGAUGCGCAGCAGAAGAGGAACAUUGUCGUCGUUGGCGGCGGUAUCAUCGGAUGCACCACGGCGUAUUUUCUGACGCGCCAUCCCAAGUUCAACCCAGCCCUUCACACCGUUACACUCCUUGAAGCCAGCUCCAUCGCUGCCGGCGCAUCUGGCAAGGCUGGAGGGUUGUUAGCAUUAUGGGCCUAUCCAAGCUGUCUUGUGCCGCUAUCAUACCGCUUGCACCGAGAACUGGCUGCCGAACAUAACGGCGCACAACGAUGGGGUUACCGCCGCCUGGGGUGCGGUAGCCUUGCCGCCAUCGUCAAAACAAGCGACAUCAAAGCGACAGAAAGGAGGCCGCCGUCGCGGUCAUCCCCGCAACAAGAGAACCACAACCCCGACGGCAAUGGCAAUGGCAAUGGCAAUAGCGGUGGCAAUGACAAUGGCGAGCUCCCCAUACAAAGCACGAUCCCAGAGGAGACGACCAAAGACUGGGAGAAACUCCCUAAACAGGAUGACAGAGCAGCCGGCCUGCUACAGGACUCUCCCUUACCAUCCGACCUCGACUGGAUUGAUGGGAGACUAAUUCAACAUUACGAGGAGAUGGGCACGCCGGGCGCCACGGAAACAGCCCAGGUUCAUCCCUUCCACUUCACCAACGCCAUGGCUGAGCUAGCCAGAGACCAGGGCGUGGACAUCAGGCUACGCGCUAAAGUAACCAAGAUCAACGACACCAAGGCAAGCGGCGUACACAGCAUUGAGUACGAGGACCGUGACACAGGCGUGACACAGACCAUUGAAGACGUGACGGACGUCGUGGUUGCAGCGGGGCCAUGGACCGGGAAACUCCUCCCUCGAACAAGGGUGGAAGGUCUGCGUGCGCACAGCGUUGUCUUUGAAGCCGACGUCAGCCCCUACGCCGUCUUCACGGAUAUCCAGCUGCCCACUGACUACGUUCCCGCACACCGUGCCAGCCACGGCCAGAAACGGCGGCACAAGGGCCACGUCGACCCGGAGAUCUAUGCCCGCCCCUUUGGGGAGGUUUACGCCUGCGGCGAGCCCGACACCACAAUCCCACUGCCAGCGACAGCCGACCAAGUGGCCACGGACCCGUCCCAAUGUGACGACCUAAUAGCGUACAUCAGCACCAUCUCCCCGACCCUGGCCGCGGCGCCCGUCAAGGCCCGCCAAGCCUGUUACUUGCCGCAACACACGCGGUUCGGCGAGCAGCGCGGCCCCUUGAUCGGGCCUACCUCUGUGCCGGGCCUGUGGGUGGCGUCGGGCCAUACCUGCUGGGGGAUCCAGAACGGCCCGGCGACGGGGUAUCUCAUGGCUGGUAUGAUCUUCGGGGAUGAGGUGGAUGCGGAUGUGGGGAAGUUAGAUCCGAGGAGGUUCAAGGUCUAGAGAUCUACAGAUUUAUAUAUGUAAGCUUUAAGACUUCUGGGUCCGUUUGUGGUCUUGUUGUUUUGAGUCGGCAGGGGUGGGUGCCAGGGAGCCGAGGAGUCCUGAUCUGCUAUUCAGCGGCAUGUAAUGAGUUCUCCGGUUCUUGAGACCGCUAACGAGCGAGCAUAGGAGUCCAGUCGUAAGGGCCAUGACAAAUCGUUCUUUCGUCGUUGGGUAGUGCUCGCUUAAAGUAGCGGAUUUUCCAUUGCAUUCUAGUUCCCGUGAAUCUAUAUCUUUAACCGGGUACUGGAAGCCGAGGAGUUGUUUCAAAGAUCGGAUAUCGGAGUUCAUUACGACAGUCUAGGACAUAGAGAUAGAUGUAACCGAUGUAGCAACAGGGUAGGCGCCAGGGUUGAUGCAUACACAGUUAGAUGC